AUGAGAAAUCAUUUAAGCGAAGGAGAAAAGAUAAACUUAUCGAACUCUCAAAAUUUAGGUUAUUCAUAGAUCGGCUAGAAUCACGAAACAAUUUAUGGACAUCGAACGAUACCACUAAAUUCUAAUACCUUUAUCAACCUUUAGCCGAGCUAGAAUUAGCAGCAGCACAUUACACCUAUUAUAGAUGUGACUAAUUUCAUAGAAACCAGCAGGGGUAAAAGUUUGAAGUAUCAAUAGAUUUUAGCCUUCUCAAUACUCUACUUUUCUCAUCUUAUAGUGAAUGUACAAAGAGAAUUCUGGGUUAUUGGGAAAAAUGCGAUUUAAGAUUCGCUUGACCUUGAGAAAUUCCAAUUUGGAUACUUUGAUGGAGCUAGUCUUUCAGCCUAGUUCAUUGGAUCUAUGGUAAUGUGUCGACUCAGUGAUAAAUAUUGCAAGAGAAAAAUUCUCACCAUAGUGUAUAUCGUGCUAAUACUCUCUUAUAUUUUGAUAUUUCUAGGAGGGUAUUUGGAGAUCACAAACAUAGGCUAUUACUUCUUCGUUUUUGUAUUCAAUGGCUGGGCUAAAGCACUUAUGUUCCCUUGCGUUAUUUCCAUUCUAUCAGAGUGGUUUUCUCGAAAACAUCGGGGAUUGAUAUUUGGUUUCUUUAUGACUAGCAUAAGUUUUGGAUACUUAGCCGCAAUUUGGAUAAGCUAAACACUGAGCUCAAUCAUGUGGUAUUGGAUUAUAUUAUUUAACUCAGGUAUUGCUAUGCUAAUGGCCCUACUAAUAUUUUUUUGUCUCAAGCCAGACCCUAUAAAUGUUGGUUAUGUGAUAGAUGAGUUCACAGAUAAAGAACGUAAAUUUUAAAAAAUGUUGAAGAAAGCCAAAAGAUCUUAUUCAUCAGAUCAGUCAAUUUCACCAUCUUAAGAAACUGUAUUUUAUAGAGUAUAAACAGAAAGCAAUUACAACAGUGUAAUUAUCAGUUCAGAAUAAUAAUCCCCCUUAACUUUGGUUAAACUUCUCAAGCAUCCUUAAAUUGCAGCUUAUUCAGGAGUGAUAUUUCUUUCCAGAACUGGCUCUAUUGCUUUGUUUUAUUACUUAUCAGAUUUUUUCGACUCUUAAGAGGACUUGGUAAAGAUUAAUAGCAGUCAAUAUUUUUCAAUUAGUUUAAAUGUCGGUACAAUCCUUGGUGGAAUAUUUAUUGGCUAUAUUUCUGAUUUACUCUAUUCCAAAAGAUCACCUGUAAUUUUAGUAGCGAUUAUUAUCUCUACCAUUAUAAAUAUCGUGAUAAUAUUUGAAUAUCAUAAAAUUGGAAACGCCUUCUUUGCUGUAAUGCUUUUACUUGGAUUUCUCAUUAAUGGAUUCUCUAAUCUUAUAUACUCUAAUUGUUCCACUGACAUUGGCAAAUCACUAGAUAUAUAAUUUAGUUAAGGCAAGGUUUUAGCCACUACUGUAUGCAUUAUUGAAUCAUUUGGAGCUCUUGGAUCAUCAAUAGGAAUAUUUUUAAUUGGCUAAACGUCAAGAUUGGAUAUAUGGGGAUACAAAUACGGGUAUUGGGUAAUUAUCACAGUCUUCAUAGCUGUCAGCAUUAUACCAUUGAGCUUCGUAUUUUAGAGAGAAUUCAUUGAAAUACGUUUGAUUAUUAAGAAUAGAAGAAGGAUUUGA